UUACAGAGGGGGCUAAAACACCAUGUCCUCUCCUACUCAACUUGCUAAUCUCAAAGAGCUGACCAUAUAACUCUAGGAAGACAUCUUUCAGACAUCUCCAAACUUUUCAGUGCCUCUCAGCAGAAUGCCAACAAUUGCAUUCCGUUUCUAGCUGGGACUGAUCACUGGUGUUCUGGAGAAAAGCAAGAACCAGCCACGGGGAUCAGCACCAUGGAGCAGACAGUAUGUUUUUCUGCAAUCUGCACAGUUUGUUGGCAGAAGCCUGCUGUAGAAGGGAGAAACAGCAAGUUUUGGAAAAAAACAUGAGACUGCUCCACUGAAUAGAAACGUAAUGGACAGCUGCAGUUCAAGUACUCACUCCAUGGUCUGCUGAUGAAUGAAUGAGAAGGAGAAAGGAUAUCUCAGGGCUGACAAAGCUCACCAGAUCUUGGGGGAAAGUUGCAGUAGUGAAAUAAGCUGAGACUCAAAAACCAGCCAUCUGUGAGAAAAGGAGCACUAAGAUCCAUGCUGUUGAUGCUGGUAAGAUUCCAGUUGGGAUAUAUAUAUAUUACUGAUCAACAAAAUCUUUAUUACAUAACGUGUAUGCAAUUAUGAGCAAGAGGCAUUUAAACUGAAAAACCCCUUAAGCAAAUUCACAGUGCAUUGCUUUUCUCCAUGGUGCCCAGAUGCCUCCUGACAGACAAAGCAAAUGCAGUGGUCGGAGUUAACUGAUCCCUGUAAAGGUGACUGAUGUGUCUGUUCUCCCAAAACAUCUGCAGAGAUGCUGCAAGGAGAACAACUAUGACCAAACAGUUUACAUGACUCAUAAAUUACUCAGCUCUGGAGUAUCAUGCUGUCACAUUUCUCAUCUGCCCAGUUUGAGGCACUGGAUGAAUUUAUGCUGGGCGCAGCUGUCACUUAGGUGGGGAAUGGUCAGCCUAUACUUGUUGGAAAGAGUUGAUUCCCUGCUACUUUCCUUCCACUCUCCCACCAUUUCUUAUACUUGUGUGCCUCCUCAGGAACACCUCUGGACAAGAAGAGCUCCUGGUCUGUGCAAGGAGAAAGAAAAAGGCUGUUCCAAGACAUCCCCAGUGUCCUUUGUCUUAGAGCAUAAGCAAUGGGAAAUCUCCCAGGAAAACAUUUUCAACAAAAUCUUCUGCUGCGGCCUUCCCACUCUCCUAGCUCCUGGAUGAGCAAAAAUUCAAACGCAGUGGGGGAGAUUCCCUUUGGCUAAGGUCUGUAUCAGGGCUCUGCCUGACGGUCUCUAGAAUCACACCUAUAGCAAGGGGCAUAUCUGCUCAGUUCUGAAUGAAACUUUUAUGCUUUGGAAAACGUUUGCUGGAAGUUGCCUCUUGUAACCCUGGUGUUUGCUCUGCUCCUGGGAGAAGAUGCCGGGGAGUUCUGUAAAGUAGGCCACUGGGUAUUACCGAUGUAACCUGGCAUUUGGCCUGCAAAUGCAUCCAUGCAUAUGUUGAUCCAGUUGGCUACCUUGGCUUACUAACAGCAAUUCAUUUGGCCUCUUCUGGAGCAUCCCUGCAGAUAUUUUGGGAAUAGGGAACUCUUUUUGCUUUGGUUCCUUGACAUGGCAGGUGGCACAAGGGCGGCUGUGUUGAGCAGGAAAGACUUUCUCUUCAGAAAAUGUAUGUUGAAAAAUCUUGUUGUUUUCUCAGAUUAGGGUUGAUGCAGAACACCCUAAUCAAGUUCCCUCUCCGUCUCUCUUCUGGGAAGGGUUUUUGUCCUCCCUUCUGUCCCCCAGCUUUUCGUCUACUGUGGCUGAGGCAGCAAGGAGCACACCUUGGGGAAAACUGUCCGAAACUAGACUGGAGAAGACUUUCCCCGAGCUCUGACAGAUGCUUCUUUAAAACACCAACAGAGCCCUCUAGAGCGCUAACCCUGCAGGGCAAGUUUCCUCACAGCGUCUUCAGCUGCACGCUUCAGCCAUGGCACGGCGGUGUUUCAGCACUUUUUACAGCGUGCCUGAAAGGACGAGGCUUCCUGGAUAAACGGACGUAACUUUUCUUCGGCAUCUUGUCUUAAGAAAGCAAACUCGGCUUUUUGGCCACGCCGAAACGGAACACUCCGUUUCGGAAGCCCGCAGGCGGCCGCCCAGCACCCACCGCCUCACAGCGCCGCCGGGGCGGGGAGCCGCGGCACUCCCGCGGUGGGCGGGCUCCCGUCGUCGCGUCCGGGCUGCGUUUGUGGCCGGCGCCGGUUGGCGGUACGGAGCUCCCGCGCCGCCAUGCGGGUGCUGCUGUGGCUCAUGGUGCAGCUGGGCGCGGGCUCCGCGGCGUACGUAGUGCACGUGGAUGUCCGGCGAGCCGAGCGGCCCCUGCGGCACUUUUGGAGGAGCACGGGCUUUUGCCCUCCUUUACCUCACAGCUCUGCUGACCUAUUUGACCUAAGCAAAGAUCAAGAGAUGAACCUUGCAUACAUUUCUUCUGUUCCUCAUGAUGGCAUUGAACAAGUUCGAAUUCACUGGUUACUGGAAUUGAUUACUGUCAGAAUGAUGAAUGAGAAACUUUACUACAAUUUUACUGCCUUGGAUAACCUUAUGGAUCGUCUGUGGGAAAAUAAGCUUAUUCCAGGAUUUGAAUUGAUGGGGAAUCCUUCAGGGUAUUUUCUAAAUUUUGAAGAUAAAGAGCAAGUAGUAAGAUGGAGAAACUUAGUUACACUUCUGGCCAGCAGAUAUAUAGAUAGAUACGGAUUGGAGCAUGUUGCUAAAUGGAAUUUUGAAACUUGGAAUGAACCAGAUCACCAUGACUUUGACAAUGUGUCUAUGACGGUGAAAGGGUUUCUCAACUAUUAUGAUGCUUGCUCAGAAGGAUUAAGAGCAGCUAGUACUGAACUAAAAUUUGGAGGACCUGGGGACUCCUUCCACCCCUUUCCCAAGUCACCCAUAUGCUGGAGUCUUCUGUGUCAUUGCUACAAUGGAACCAACUUUUUCACAGGAGAGACUGGUGUAAGGUUGGACUACAUCUCUCUUCAUAAGAAGGGAGGUGGGCAUUCUCUCUACAUCUUGCAACAAGAAGUGGAAGCAGUUGAACAAAUACAGAAGUUAUUUCCAAAUUUUGCUUCCGUUCCCAUAUACAACGAUGAAGCAGAUCCAAUGGUUGGAUGGUCUGUUCCACAACUGUGGCGAGCUGAUGUGACAUAUGCAGCUAUGGUUGUAAAGGUAAUCAUCCAGCAUCAAAACUUACUAAUUUCCAAAGCCAACAACACCAUUAACUACACACUGUUGAGUAAUGACAAUGCCUUCAUGAGCUACUACCCGCAUUACUUCACACAGCGGACUCUGACAGCACGUUUUCAGAUGAAUAAUACAAAGCCACCUCACGUCCAGAUGGUGCGGAAACCAGUGCUGACUGUCAUGGGCUUGCUGGCACUGCUAGGAGAAAAGCAGAUUUUUGCGGAAGUAAACAGCAAUGGAGGUGAAAGCACUGAAAACAGCACCUUUGGUGUCCUGGCAUCUGUGCACACCCCAAGUGAGCUUCAGCCCUCAGACAGUUGGCAAGCUACUCUGCUGAUGUAUUCAAGUGAGGAUAACAGGACUUCAUCCAAUGUCAGCACCAUCACAGUGAACGCCACCCACUUCCCCAAGCUUAGAGAGCCAGUGUAUGUGAUGUAUUACCUGGACAACAACCAAACCAAUCCCUAUCUGAAAUGGAAAAAUCUAGGAAGCCCUGACUUUCCUUCCCCAGAACAGUUCCAGCGAAUAAGGGAUGUUGAGGAUCCAGUGGUAACAGGUCCCUUGCCUUUUCCUGAAAGUGGCACCUUGACACUGAAGCAGGACUUCCCUAUUCCAUCAGUCUUUUUGAUCCACAUCUGUUCAAGACCCAGUUCGGUUCCUGAUCAAGUUACUGGUGUUCGUUUCAUCCCUCUCACAAAGGGGCAGGUUGUUGUGCUGUGGGACGAUGGCUGUGUAAAUUCAAAGUGUAUAAAGACAUUUGAAGUUGAGUUCUCACCAAAUGGAAAAAUCUACAAGCGGAUUAAUGCCAAAGACACAAUAUUCACUCUGUAUGUCUACAGUCCAGGAAGCUCAGUCUCCGGCUUUUACAGGGUGCAUGCCAUUGACUACUGGGGAAAGGCAGGCCUGUCCUCUGUUCCUGUGGAGUAUGUUGAAGCUCUCAAGUGACUCUGAAGAGUGGUGCCUGGUUUGUUGACUGAGUGAUGUAUUCCUCCAGCAGAUAACAACUCCCCAGAAAAGUAAACUCCUCCCAAGCUAAGGGGGGAGUAUAGAAAGGACCUGAUAAAGCAAGUUAGGAACACAAGUUAGAAGAAACUGCCCCUAUUAACUCUUCAGAGCUCAAAGACAGUGUUAUCAAACAAUCACUGCUGACAACAAUUAUAGGACUGGCAUUCAGUUUGGUAACUAGAAAUUUCUGUUUGCUAUUUUACACCGAUAUAAUACGCAGAACAGACAAAUAUUUAUAAAGGUCACAAACUGCAGCAGGAGCAAUGCCAUCACUUUACUAUAUGAGUGAGGAAGGCAGUAAAAACACAAGGAGAACCUGACUGAAAGUGAGCUGCCUGCUUCAGCUGCCUGGCUAUCUUGACAUACAGAGUGAUAGAAGAGCAGACGGCAGCCAGACUUUCACAUACAGAUCACGAAGUGGAAGGUCCUGUCUUUCCCACCAGUUAAUCAUACAUGCUCCUGAGGGUUGUUUCAGAGCAUUUCUGCUCUCUUUAGAUGUACGACGCCUGCUGCUUUCUGCGUUUGCCUAAGUCACCUUCUUGCCUUUGUGGAAGUCUUUGUAUUUGUACAGAGCCAUCAGUUACUUCCUUUUUAGGGUGAAGACUCUAGCUCCAAAAGUUUCUCUUCCUCUCCAUUCCACUCUUACCUAAUCUCACUUUAUACAGCCCU